CAUCUUUUCAUUGAAUUUUUGAGGCUUGAGAAUAGGAUGACAUAAUUCAUGCAGUGAACGGAGUAAAGGAAGAGAAAUGGGGUUGUGGUGUAUGUCGUUCGAUGGCUGUUGCCUAGUCAACUCGUUGAAGUGAACUUCGUGAAGAAGAAGAAAACGAGUGGAGGUUGUUAUAGAAUUGCAGAACGAGGAAAGAAAAAAAAAGAUCGUUUCUCUGUCCGUUUGUAUAACACCUCUCAUUAGUGAGGUGUGUGCCACACGCUGUUUUUUUUUUUUCUUUCCCAACGCCCCUCAAUCCCGGGGUUUCACGUUCAACCCGGUGAUUUUGUUUUUCUUCUUCUCCUUUCUCCUGAAAUAUUUUUUUAAAGCGGCUCUCUUUAAAAAAAAAAAAAACCUUAUUCGUGGCGUGGAAUCGAAGUUUCUCGUGUAGUGUUGAAUUUCUCGUGUCAUAAUCGCCGGCUUUGAAUCGCGACGUCAAAUCCCGGAAAACGGACGCUUUACUCCAACGUGGCAUUCUGAAAUUGUGGUUCGUUUCUCUUUGGCCGGUUCGGGGACGUAGGGGAUCGAUCGAUCGAGGUGGCCAGUGUUUUUCCAUCAUGCUGAGAAAGAGCGCUAGCCAGCGAACGGUGCGCGAUACGAGACAGACCAAUCAAAAGUUGAGCCGUCAGAUUGAAAACGUGUUCAGUUAUCGAUUGCAAGAUGCGUUCCAGCGGGGAUUGGGAUACGACUCUGCCACGCCAACUGAAUGGCCUGGCGAAUUGAACAGACUCAGCGCCGAUGGAUCAAUCCUUUUGAAGAAUGGCGGCGGAGGAGGGUACGGCGGAGCGAAUGGAUUCCUUCACCACCAGUCGUCUCCAGCCUUUCAGAAUCAUCUCCAGCAGCAGCAGCAGCAUAAUGUGGCGUCAGCUGGAGGAGUAGGUCAACAUCCGUCACAGGUUCACCAGUCACAGGCGCAGCAAACGGCGGCUGCGUUGAUGAUGAACGGCAAAUCGCCGUCACGCGACCUGGGCGGCGGAUCAACUCCCGUCUUGAAAAUGACGUCCGCCCACAACAACACAGCAAACACUCAGGCUUUCCGGAAUAAUUCCGCCAGACUCGAUUGCGGCGCUGGCUCAUCGAGCCACACCAACAUGAGCGGCGGUGGCGGCGCUAUGAUCGGCGCAGCGGGAGUUCCAUCCAUCAUGAGCGCGUCGGCGGCCGUUCGUUCCGUGUCUCGUGAACGGCUUGUUCAAAGCCAAGUCGUCUGCCUGGCCACAUCGAGCAACAGCAACAACAACAGCAACACGAGUAACAGUAGUCGCGAUUUGAUGGCCCGUGACGCCCGUGAUGCAUGGGAUUACUACGGUGCGCCUCCCUCUGGCCAGCAGGCGGGCAAUAGCAGCAUGGCGAGCGCAGGUCUUUCAGGCUCGUCUCCGUCGAUGGUUGGAUCGUCACCGAAGAUAUUCAACGGGCUGGCUAACAAUGGGGCGAGUGGGUCUUCUGCUUACGCAACACGUCCGGCGGUAGCACCGGGCGGGCCGGCCUCUAUCAUCAAUAACGUUCGACAAACGCAACAAUCGCCGGCAGCCGGCUGCAAUGGCGGUCUCGUUCAGCAUCAGCAAUCGUUUCAGCAACCGCAACAGCGGGCCAAUGUGGCCGCAAUAAAUGGCAUGGCUGCGUCGGCAGCUAUAGUUGGAGGGCUACGUGACCCACGUGACCGCUUCUCUUUGCUCUCGUCGUCGGCCACCUCCCCUUCUUCGUCGUCGUCGUCUCCCAAAUUGGAGAAUGGAAAUGUAGCCACCAAUAAUGGCAAUUCUCUUAUUCACGCACCUUCACCACAGAGACUGUACAGUCCGGUUGGCCAGUGCCAUCCACAGCAGCCACAUCGAAAUCAAAUUCAGCAACAACCUCAGCAGCAGCAGCAGCAGCAGCAGCAAACGAUUGGGCAACAACAUCAACAGCAAUUGCUGCAGGCUCAGUCUCACCACCAGCAACAACAACAACAACACGCAUCGCAAUCGUUGCAGCAAGGUUCUGUAAUUAACUCGCAGCCCCAGCAGCAUCAGCAGCAGCAACAACAGCAGCAACAACAACAGCAGCCUCAACAACAGCAACAGAUGAUCCAUCAUUUGCAGUAUCCUUAUUACAAUUCCAAGUUGGAAAGUCUGACCCAUCGGAUGCCCAAUCUGAGCUUCGAAGGUCUGGGUCAACAACAGCCAACGGCAGCGACGGGAUCCGCCGUGGUCAGCAGUCGGGUGACUGAACAGCCUCCUCUUUCACCCGCUGUUGUUGCUGCUUCUCCUUCAUUUUCAUCCACCACCUCCUCUUCCUCCUCCUCUUCUUCCUCGUCCUCCUCCUCCUCCUCCUGUUGUAUCCCAUCAACCCCGGCGGGCUCUGGUGGCUCUCCAUCAACAACAACAGCCACAGCAGCAGCAGCAGCAAGUUCACAGCCAUCGGCAUCUUGUAGCAAUGGCGGCAAUGGUGGUGGCAGUACUGGGCCAUCGCCAGACACGAGCAGCAAACACGAGCCUUCGCUCCUCUUCCUAUCCGCGGGGCAUGCCGAAUCGACGGCGGCCAGCGAUCAAUCCGUCAACGCCAGAGCAACGGGCGCACCACCAGCAACAGCAACCAGUCCGCUCCUAUUGCCGCCAGCAGGCCAGGUGUGUAGCAACGCAGGCCAACAGUCCAGUUCGUCGGCAGAGGUCAACGGUGGCGGUAAUUCGGAAACGGGCGCAUCGUCCCCCUGCUGCUCCUCGGAUCACAAGGAUAACAUCGUCGAUGUCAGCAACAAGUUGCAGCAGCAGUUUGACGCCUUGUGCAUGGACGAAGCCUUUGCGACGGCAGCCAUUGUUACGGCGUCAGUGAGGACGAGCAGUCCGUCGGUUGUGACCAAAACGACGUCGCUUUCUGGCCGCCACAACAACAAGGAUUUACUUAGUGCCGAAGCCAGUGGUUACCUGUUCCGGCUGGCCGAUCCGUCCAUGAUGCUGGUGCGUCCAGACUCGUCGGCCGCUUCGGCCACGGCCAGCGCGUCGACAAGUGGAGCCGAUCAAGAAGAGACUAUCGGCGGAGGAGGAGGAGGAGGAUCCAAUUCGUCCACGUCGUCACGAACAGGGGGACUGAUGGCCUCUGGCGUUUCGAAUGUGUCGGACAUGCUGGGCGCCGGCAUGUCGCCCGAAUCGAUCACCGAUUGCGGAUCGCUGUCCAAAAGCUCUUCGGAUGGCGAUCCAGUUGGAGUGGUCAGCCGGAAACGACCUCCAACUAAAUUGAAAUCGCGUCGUCGCAACAUUCUCAGUUUCCCGCACCACAUUAGCGUCGACGAGCUGCGUCUUCUCCAGCGUCGCAAGGAGUCGAUGUACGGCGGUUCAUCGUCGGACGAGAACCGAUCUUCGGGUCACGCUAGCAUGUCGGAUGGACACACGAGUUCGUCACCGCCCGCUGAGACCCUGCCCAGGCACACGCAUUACCGCACCUGCCUUAACGCCGUACCUGAAGAUGACAAGAUGUCGGCCAACUGUGUCACGCCGCAGCAGAGUCAUCCGCCAAAGACGAAUAAUAACCGGAGGGUGGUGGCCGGUAAGGCUGUGUCGCGACAUCGUGGUCUCGCCGGAGUCAAGGACGAUCUGUCAUCGCAGCUGGAACACGCCACCGGAUUGGAGGACAUCAAAAUGGCCAUUGAACAGUUGACAUUGCGUUCGCACGGUUCACGCACCUCGUACUCUACGUCAACGUAUUCCAGUUUGAGCGGCAGCGAAGGCGGAGCGGAGCCCAUGCGUCGGCUCAUCCGUCAUUCGUCGCUCGAAACGAUCAACACUAACGUGACGGUGGCCGACGAGUUCGUCUGGGUCGAUUCUUAUAAUCGCCUGGUAGAACUGCAACAGCUGCCCUGGUCCAAUCACGAUGUCCUUCGCGUCAUCCAGAAUGGACGCAUUAAAGAGCACUUGGAACGUGUUUCCAUGGAGACUGUACCACGACUUUCCUACUUGCUCCAGCGGGCGUUGGUACGAAUCGCCCGUGAGACUCAACGACUCGCCCGUCCGCUGGCCAUGUGCUCCAAACAGGAAGUCUGUUCCGCGCUGCGCAUCGUCCUUUCACCAGCCUUGGCCGAUAGUUGCAUCAAGGCGUGUUUGCGAGCGGCCGCCAUGUUUACUGUUUCGGGCGAUAUGGUGCGUCAAAGCAAAUCAGCCAGGGCUGCGCUACAGCUGUCUGUUGGCCGAUUCCAUCGCUGGAUGUGUGACGUCCGUUUGGGGAAAUUCAUUCACGAUUAUGCUGCUGUUUAUUUGGCCGCUGGCUUGGAAAAUUUGCUGGAAGAGAUCAUGAUGCAGUGCAUGCCAUCGGAUCAAGAGACCCUGCUGACGGCCUCCGUUUUGGAAAACGCCAUCGCUAACAACGGCGAUCUGUGGGGCCUGUUACAACCCUACGCUCAUCUAAACGCCGGCAGGACUGCUACUGGAGCAUUAUCGCUUCCACGAUGGCCGUCCCAAUCCGGGUUGGAUAGCGGACUGCGUGGCUCUGGAUCUUCCGUUUCUUCGAACGGCGAUGACCACAGCCGUUCGGCUAAAACAUUGGAACAAAGUUUACUGACUACCUGCGUCGGGACUAUCAACGAGUUGCACGAACUACUGCAACGGGUUACACAGUUUCACUUCCGUCAUAGCGCUCCGUGCCCGGGAGCCACACCCAACGGAGGAUCCAAACAGGCUCUCACCUGGGCAUCGUCCGCUCUUCACGCUCUCUUUUAUUUCAUGCGAUGUUCACAGUUGGAACACGCAGAACACGCACAGAGAGCUCCUAUCCAGGAACUGGUCUACGAGCGGCCUUACAUCGUGCUGCCACCGCUGAUUGAAUGGGUCCGGGUUGCCAGUGCGCACGCAGAACAUCGCCACUCGUCCGUCCUGGACAAAGACGAUGUUGCGCAAGCCGCCAGACUUCUUCUGCCGGGAGUCGAUUGUCCCAUCAGAGCCUACGGUUUCGAAGAAAUUCUCUGUCCUCGACGUCACAUGGAUGACCUGGAGUGCUCGCGCAAACUGAAAAUUGAUUUGGCAUUCAAGAUGCUAAGUUCGGCUCGCAGUGACCUGAUUCCGCACGCUUUGCAGUUACUGCCUUCCACAAAGAUUAACACGGUCAGCGAAAAUGGAUUGACGCCUUUAAUGUUGGCUGCCAUUCGUGGAGAUGAAACUUUAGCCAAAGUCUUGUUAGACGCGGGUGCUGACGUUGACGCCGAAACGCCAACAAUUGCCGGCGCCCAGACGCACCCAGGUGCCUACCCUAACCCCGAGACCCAACACUGGACAGCGUUAACUUAUACAGCCAUCCAAGGGCAACUAAAUAUCGCCAAACUGCUGCUGGAACGAGGUGCCAAUGUCGAAGGUGGCGCCCGACUCAGCGAAGACAAGUGCACCGAAACCCCAUUACAGGUGGCCGUUGGAUCAGGAAAUUUAGAAAUGAUAUCAAUGCUGCUCGCGCAUGGAGCGCGGCCAUUCCUCUCGACGUUAGUAAGAGACACUUUGUGCUACUCUAGCUCUGCCCAAAAAGGAUGUUACAGCGCUAUGGCCGUAGCGGCCGCUCAUGGUCAACGAGCCGUACUGCACAAGCUUCUCUCGCAUCCGGUCAACGGUAACAGCAACGCCGAAGUAUUAUCGUUGGAGGAGAUCUUGGCUGAAGGAGCUUCACCAUUUAACCUCGGAUCGCAGACCGACCCGUUCGCAGGUAACACGUUCAAACGAAUCAAAACAUCCGACGGAAAGCUUAUCGUUCAAAUCUUUCAAUUCCACGUUGGACGCAAAAAAAAAAUGAAAAAGGGUUCGGGGUCCAGUAGUUCAAGCGACUCUUCCAGGUCGGCCAGCAACAGCGCCAACGGCGGUGACAAUAAGUUGCAGGUUGUCAAGCUGAACAAAGGACAGAUCAAAGCCUUACAGGAAGCCAUGUAUCACAGUGCUGAAAAUGCUCAUCUAGACAUAACGUUAGAUUUGCGCAACUUGGGCGUUCCGUGGACAUUGCAUUGCUGGAUGCAUACGCUAGCCACCGCUCAUGAACAUUCACUAGAGAAUGUCAUCGACCAGCUGCUCCAAGAUUUUCUGCAAGUCUGGGGACCGGAUGACUAUUCGACCCAGUUUGUCGAUGAAUGUCUGCCCAUCAUCUUUAACAUCUUCCGUUACAGCAAGAACGAAGGAACGACUCUACUGCUGGCUGACAUCUUUGCCACCUGUUACGGAAGAGAGAACAUCAAAGAAAUCCGUGAUACGUCACUCUGCGGAGGUCCUCGAAUCGACCCUAAGUUUGUCAACAAUCCAGAACUAAGUGACGUCCAGUUUCGCGUUGAGGGCCGCGUCUUUUACGCUCACAAGCUCAUCUUGAUCACAGCCUCGCCUCGAUUCAAAAGCAUGUUGAACUCGAAAUUCUGCGAGGGCAACCCACCGAUUAUUCAAAUCAACGAUAUUCGCUAUGACAUUUUCCAGAUGGUGAUGCAUUACCUGUACAAAGGCGGAUGUGAGAAUUUGGACGUCAAUCAGAAUGAUGUACUGGAAUUGAUGGCCGCAGCCAACUUUUUCCAGCUUGACGGGCUACUCCGCUUCUGCGAAGCCAGGUGUUCCACACUGGUUGAUUUGGACAAUAUCGUCUCGAUGUACAUUCACGCAAAGGUUUACAAUGCCGUCCAGUUGUUGGAAUAUUGCCAAGGUUUCUUGCUACAAAACAUGGUGGCUCUAUUGACUUACGAUGAUUCAGUCCGACGUCUCAUCUUUGGCAAGAAACUACACAAUCACGACGUUCUAGCCGGUUUGCUGCUAACGUUACAGGCUCGCAUCAAAAGCCGCUCCCAGCACAAGUUGAACAAAUGAAAGGAAGGUGUCAUGUCUUGACAAAUUUUUUUCUUUAGUUUCACUGUGCAUUUUUAAAAUAACUCUACAUCAUUAUCCAAAAUCUUUGUCACUUAUCUUUGUCAUGUUUGACACAUUGAGUAAAAUCAGACAAGUCGGUUAAAUAAGUAUUUUUGCUCAGCGCAGCGGAUUGAGGUUUAUUCUUUGAAUGUAUAGUGGCAAUGCCCCUUAUCCUCCUCAUUAUGUUUUAAUAAGGGAUGUGGACUCUAUACAUGAAAUGUACCCAAUUCGUCCCUCCCCCACUCCCUCCAUACGCCUUAACUUCAGUUUUUAUGUAUAAUGUCUUUAAUUAUUGUAUUGACUAACAUUUCACUUGAAGCUCAGGUUAUGCAAAAACCCGAGUUUUUCGUUGUUAACUCACGCCAUGAUAAAUGAGCUUCGUCGAAACUAGUAUUGCGAGUUGGUUGCGUGGAGAAAAACGACCUAAGGACUAGUUCGAGUCCCAUGCCUGCUGUCGUGUUAACAAAAGGCUUAACAUUCCUCGACGAAGCUCUCAUUCCCUCUUCUUUUCAAUUACAUAAAAAUCCUCUGUCACUACAUAUGAAUUGCUUGCAGGAGGCGACAGAAUUAUAUUCAGCAUAAAGCUCCAGAUUUAUUCCAUGUGUUUGUAAAGCAAAUUAACACGAGUUAGCUGUUGGUGUACUUCUUUCCUUUUAUGAAAUGCGACUGAAAUAUAUAGAUUUUCCUGAUCGUUA